UAAUUCGCAAUCCUAUCUGAAUUUUACUAUCGGGGUAUUAGGGUUUUUGUUGUUCCUCUAGAACUCUCUUCUCUUUAAUUUCUCAGAAUGGGUCGAUAUCGAAGCCGUAGCAGAAGCUACAGCCCUCGCCGGCGUAGCAGAACUCCACCACCUCGCGGUCGCAAGCGUUACGAAGAUGAUCGCUAUCCUGACAACAGGUCUCGCAGAGACCGUCGUUCUCCUCUUCCUUCUGGAUUACUCGUUCGUAAUCUCCCUCUUGAUGCAAGACCUGAAGAUCUUAGGGGUCCAUUUGAACGCUAUGGUCCUGUCAAGGAUGUUUACCUUCCGAGAAACUAUUACACUGGUGAGCCUCGUGGCUUUGGAUUUGUGAAAUACCGACAUGGUGAAGAUGCAGCAGAGGCUAAGCAACAACUUAAUCACACUAUAAUUGGUGGACGUGAAAUAAGAAUUGUAUUUGCUGAGGAAAAUAGGAAAACCCCUCAAGAAAUGCGUGUUACUACUUCUCAUGGAAGUGGUCGAAGUGGAGGUGGUGGUAGUAGAAGGAGAGCUCGAUCAAGAUCUCCACGACGCAGCCGUUAUCGAUCCUACUCUAAGUCUCCAUCACCAGCCAGGGAUGAUUCAAGGGAUGGCAGGGGUAGGGAUGAUUAUUCCCCAAAGCGAUCAAGAUCUUAUUCUAGGUCUGUCUCUCCCGGUGAUGGGAAGGAUGACAGGUCCCCUCGUGCCAAGGAUGACAGAAGUUCCCCUCGUGCCAAGGAUGGCGGAAGGUCUCCUCGCGCCAAGGAUGAUGGAAGGUCCCCUCGUGCCAAGGACGACGGAAGGUCCCCUCAUGCCAAGGACAAUGGAAGGUCUCCUCGUACCAAGGACGACAGAAGGUCCCCUUGUGUCAAGGACGAGAGAAGGUCCUCCCGUGCCAAGGAGAAUGGCCGAAGUCCAAUUGAUGAGAAGGAUCUGGUGCCUAGCAGAUCUCCAAGCCCCAGGGGUGAUGAUCGCAGUCCUUCAAGGUCUCGUUCACGGUCAUACAGUCCACGCUGAUUUUCUACCAAGCAUGCGAGGUUCCGUGGUGCUCAAAUUGGUCUUUCCAAUGACCUACUGGAGAUAAACUCCGACCUUUUGAAAGACACUGAUGCAUCGAUGCAAAAUCUGUUAUGUUUAUUUUAGUAUAUCGAAAACAAUUCCAGUAGAUAAUAAUAGUUUGACUUGGUGUUGCCAUUUAAGUAGAUACUGCCCUAGUAGGCCGUCUCGUCUGUUUUCUGAGUAGUGGUUCUUUUCUGUAGUUGUAAACUUGUUUUGUUAGCUAUUCAUAAGUGCUGUUUUCGCUUACAGGGAGGUCGGUUAACGAAAUUGGAACAUAAGCAAUUCUAACUCUAGAUGCCUUACAUGUGACAUUCAAGUGCCAACUGCAAUUCUAACUCCAAAAUUAUGUUUGCA